AUGGCUAUAUCCAGCCCGUCUGUCCCGGAAACCAAUAACCAUGGUAAGCUGGGUAGUUUGGGGAACGUCAAGGGAGAAUCAGGCCUUGCUUUGGCCGCCAAAGCUAUUCCAGCCCGGCUCGCGUUAGAUCGGGAAAGUUGUUGCGAAAUCCAGACACCUGUUUCCAUCGAGGUCAAUGCACGCCUUCAAGUCGAACACCCCAUCACUAAGGAGGUCACUGGCUUGGAUAUAGUUUCAUUGCAGCUGUUCGUAGCUGCCGGUGGUAGUCUCCAUAGGCUUUCCCAAGUGAGACAGCAUGGACAUGCCAUUGAGUGCCGUCUCUAUGCGGAGGAUCCGCAAAAGAACUUCUUCCCAGAGCAUGGGAAGAUCCACUUGUGGCGUCCAGCCGAUGGCUUUAAGGCUCCGGGCUGCGAUGUGCGCUAUGAGACGGCCAUCCAAACGGGAUCCGAGAUUUCUAUCUCCUUUGACUCCCUGAUCGCAAAGGUCGUCGUCUGGGCUCCCACGAGAGCCUUGGCUAUUGAGAGGAUGGUCCAAGUGCUAGCGCACACGGCCUGCAUUGGGGUCAAAACGAAUCAACUAUUUCUGCAGCGGUGCCUGUUAAACAGGGCGUUUCAUGAGUCAACUUACACGACUUCCUUUAUACCAUCUCAGCUUGAGGGGCUUAUCCGGCCACCCGAGCCGGCCGAUCUCACAGUCUUCUCAAUUAUUCCGUGUCUAGCGGUCCGAAAGAUAGCCGAUCAGGUUGGCCCCGUCGCUUCAAAGCACCAGAGGCCCUUCCGGAGAAUUCGCAAGCAGUUCCGGAAUCAGCCCUUCGACCUGGUCAACGUUCACUGCGACAUCAUCACAGCUGCUGAUGGAGCGCCCCAGGAAACGUCAUUGAUGUGUAUAUGGGAUCACCCAACAAGAGAUGCACUGGUGCAUGCAGAUGUGGUAUAUCUUACGCCGGUGCCGAAUCAACAGUCACCAGCAGUCACCAAUCAAUACAAUGCUCUCAGUAACAGUCUUCGCGGUGCUAUUGCAAUGUCCGCCUCCUCAUAUAGACUUCAAGUUGAUUCUUGGCAUCCCGCUGGUGACGUGGGAUCUCCAGAAUGCUGGGGAACAUCUACCAUGGAGGUCUCGAUCAACGGUAGCAAGACUCUAGUGCACAUCGCUAUGCCUUCCAUCUGCACCCAUGCAAUCAGAGGGCUGGUAGACAGUCCUCAACGUGUGUUUUGUCAUUUCCCUUCGCUCGCAACAUAUGUGGAAUACCAGCGCGAUACUCUACUUUCCUUCUCAGAGAAUCUUUGUAGCGUUGAAGGGUCUCAAAGCGAUGCGGAAAGGAGAAUGGUUAAGGCACCAAUGCCGUGUAAGGUGCUGUCGAUCGAUCGAAACAAUGGAGACGAGGUCAAGUCAGGAGAGGCAGUGAUGGUCAUUGAGAGCAUGAAGAUGGAGGUGACCAUCACGGUAUCGACGAGUGGAAAGUUCCAAACCGACUGGAAGAAGGGGGACGCAGUGGAGGAAGGGAAAGUCUUCUGCUCGGUAAUAUAG